AUGUCUAGAGAUUAUAUCUGUCUAUGGCGACUGAUAGGGUGCAUCAUGGUCAUUGUUGCGUUUUUCGCCUGGUAUUCCAAAACACAAGCCCGUGCCAGUACCACCGCCAUCAAAACACAAGAUGUUCGCAUUCGCAUUGCCAGCUGUUUAGUGGUGGCGACUGAUAGGGUGCAUGGUGGUCAUUGUUGCGUUUUUACUAUUGCCACUUAUACACCCAUUUUCGCCCUUCUCCAUAUCUCAGCGCUGUCAGUAACGCAUCAUUACUUGUUUCUCAAGGAAACUCCGGGAGCAUGCCUAGCCCAAGACGUCGGAUUUGGUAAUCAAGUCAUGGACUACGUCAACCUCCAGAACGAAGAUGAGAUGCUUAUUGACGAACAAGUCAUGGACUUCGUCAACCUCCAGAAUGAAGAUGAGAUGCUUAUUGACGAACAUGAAUCCCAAAUCACUAAAACAGGAGAGAUGGACGACGUCAGCCUCAAUGACGAAGAGGCGAUCCUCGUUGACCAAGACGACUCAAACAAUGAUAUGGACGUCGACAGCCUUGACGAGGAGGAUGUGAUGCUUAUUGACCAAGACGAUUCAAACAAUGAUAUGGACGUCGACAACCUUGAUGAGGAAGAUGUGAUGAUUAUUGACCAAGAUGACUCAAACAAUGAUAUGGACGUCGAUGAGGAGGAUGUGAUGCUUAUUGACUAA